GGUCCUUGCAAAGGUGGGGGGGCUCCGGACGAGCCCUGGUGCCGCCAUCCGAGUCACGUGUGGUGAAGACACUCUUGGAGGGUAAGUGCUUGGGCAGCACUGCCCUGGGGACUUGGUGUCCAUGGGCUGUUCAGCUGAGGCUUAGGGACUAGAACCCCAAAAUCCUGUCCUGCUGUUUGCACGUGUCCAGACUGUGGCUACCCGGGUCAGUGAGGGUGUCUGAAUCAGACCGCACAGAAGCUUAAGUCAAGAGGACAAAAGCAGCCCUAUUUCCGGACGUUCAAGACCAAGGUAUUCAAAGGCUGCAAGAAGUAGCCAGCAGACUGUGAAACCCCAGAAUUUUUGCUUCAGAAAGGUCAGGAAAGGCCCACUCAAGACCUGACGUUGCUGUCUCAAGAAAGGGAAUGGGAGGGCAGGUGUGGCCCUCUUCCUUUAGAGCCAGUUCCUUCUAGACGCGGGGACCAGAGGCCGGAGAGGAGACCCGUCUCCUGCCAGUAGAAGGGCAGGGCGGCAGGCCAUUUGAUAACACAAGCACCUUCUCCGAAUUGCCUUUCCCCUUAGCUCUAGGUGCCCAGACUCUGUACAUGAACUUCACGGGCAUUUCCUAUAAACCUCUUAACCUUGCCUCUAGCAAGAUAUUGGCCCUGUGCGCACGUGCUUUGGCUUAGUGUUUGCUAAAGGCCUGUUUUCUGUUGUUCCUUGUUGUCUGCGCUCGGACGGCUCUUCACCUGGGAGAGAGCGGAGGCUGUCCUCAGCGGCGAUGGGGCCCCGCGGCUGUGUGACCUGGGCUAGUGUCUUCACGUCUCUCUCUGCCUCAGCCUUCUCAUCGGUUUCCGGAAGAAGCUGACUGCCCGAAAGGAAACUGCAAAACAUGAAAAUCGCUUUGAGGUGACCGAUAAGCCCCGUGGCCCCUUGCUUCUCCCGCAGUGGAUCUGAGCUUUAAGAACUCUAACUUCAGAUGAAGCAACUUGAGCCCAGGGAGAGGGAGUGAGCGCCCGGGUCACGUGGUGUGGAGCUCGGCCCGUCCGCGGGCAGUGCGCGGCCCUCUCAACUCGGCUUGGACUUGGAGUCCCUCGCAAGGUCCCGACCUCCAAUGGCCGACCAGAGAAUGGACAUUUCUUCAACAAUCAGUGACUUCAUGUCCCCGGGCACCACCGACCUCCUCUCCAGCCCCCUGGGCCCCGGCGGCACGGAUUGCAACCGCAAGCGGAAAGGCAGCUCCACCGACUACCAACUUGAUGACUUUUCUUUUGAAGAAACCAUGGACACGGACAAAGAUGACCCUCACGGAAGGUUAGAAUAUACAGAGCACCAAGGAAGGAUCAAAAAUGCAAGGGAAGCUCACAGCCAGAUUGAAAAGCGGCGUCGGGACAAAAUGAACAGUUUUAUUGACGAAUUGGCGUCUUUGGUACCUACGUGCAAUGCCAUGUCCAGGAAAUUAGAUAAGCUCACUGUGCUAAGGAUGGCUGUUCAGCACAUGAAAACAUUACGAGGUGCCACCAAUCCAUACACAGAAGCGAACUACAAACCAACUUUUCUGUCAGACGAUGAAUUGAAACACCUCAUUCUCAGGGCAGCAGAUGGAUUUUUGUUUGUCGUAGGAUGUGACCGAGGGAAGAUACUCUUUGUCUCAGAGUCUGUCUUCAAGAUCCUCAACUACAGCCAGAACGAUCUGAUUGGCCAGAGUUUGUUUGACUACCUGCACCCUAAAGAUAUCGCCAAAGUGAAGGAGCAGCUCUCCUCCUCGGACACGGCGCCCCGGGAGCGGCUCAUAGAUGCAAAAACUGGACUUCCAGUUAAGACAGAUAUAACCCCUGGGCCGUCUCGAUUAUGUUCUGGAGCACGACGUUCUUUCUUCUGUAGGAUGAAGUGUAACAGGCCUUCGGUAAAGGUUGAAGACAAGGAUUUCCCCUCUACCUGCUCAAAGAAAAAAGCAGAUCGAAAGAGCUUCUGCACCAUCCACAGCACAGGGUAUCUGAAGAGCUGGCCGCCCACAAAGAUGGGGCUGGAUGAAGACAGUGAACCAGACAACGAGGGCUGUAAUCUCAGCUGCCUGGUCGCAAUCGGACGACUACAUUCUCACGUGGUUCCGCAGCCGGUGAACGGGGAAAUCAGGGUGAAGUCUAUGGAAUAUGUGUCUCGGCACGCAAUAGACGGGAAGUUUGUUUUUGUAGACCAGAGGGCAACAGCUAUUUUGGCAUAUUUACCGCAAGAACUUCUAGGCACAUCAUGUUAUGAAUAUUUUCACCAAGAUGACAUAGGACAUCUCGCAGAAUGUCAUAGGCAAGUUUUACAGACAAGAGAAAAGAUUACGACUAAUUGCUAUAAGUUUAAAAUCAAAGAUGGUUCCUUCAUCACGCUGCGGAGUCGAUGGUUCAGUUUCAUGAACCCUUGGACCAAGGAAGUAGAAUACAUCGUCUCAACCAACACUGUUGUUUUAGCCAACGUCCUGGAAGGCGGGGACCCAACCUUCCCGCAGCUCACAGCGUCCCCCCACAGCAUGGACAGCAUGCUGCCCUCUGGAGAAGAUUCCUUUGUUGUAGGUGGCCCAAAGAGGACCCACCCCACUGUUCCAGGGAUUCCAGGGGGAACCAGGGCUGGGGCAGGCAAAAUAGGUCGAAUGAUUGCUGAAGAAAUCAUGGAGAUCCACAGAAUAAGAGGGUCAUCGCCUUCCAGUUGUGGCUCCAGCCCAUUAAAUAUCACAAGUACACCUCCCCCUGAUGCCUCUUCUCCAGGAGGCAAAAAGAUUUUAAAUGGAGGGACUCCAGACAUUCCUUCCAGUGGCCUACUACCAGGGCAGGCUCAGGAAAACCCAGGUUAUCCAUAUUCUGAUAGUUCUUCUAUUCUUGGUGAGAACCCUCACAUAGGCAUAGACAUGAUAGAAAACGACCAAGGCUCAAGCAGUCCCAGCAAUGAUGAAGCAGCAAUGGCCGUCAUAAUGAGUCUCUUGGAAGCAGAUGCUGGGCUGGGAGGUCCUGUUGACUUCAGUGACUUGCCAUGGCCGCUGUAAACACUACAUGUUGCUUUGGCAACAGCUACAGUAUCAAAGUGCAUUACUGGUGGAGUUUUACAGUCUGUGAAGCUUACUGGAUAAGGAGAGAACAGCUUUUAUGUACUGUCCUCAUAAAAGCCACCUCAGAGCCAUUGAUACAAGUCAAUCUUACUAUGUGUAACUUCAGACAAAGUGGAACUAAGCCUGCUCCAGUGUUUUCUCAUCAUUGAUUAUUGGGCUAGCUGUGGAUAGCUUGCAUUAAUUGUAUAUUUUGGAUUCUGUUUGUGUUGAAUUUUUUAAUCAUCGUGCACAGAAGCAUCAUUGGUAGCUUUUAUAUGCAAAUGGUCAUUUCAGAUGUAUGGUGUUUUUACACUACAAAGAAGUCCCCCAUGUGGAUAUUUCUUAUACUAAUUGUAUCAUAAAGCCGUUUAUUCUUCCUUGUAAGAAUCCUUUACUAUAAAUAUGGGUUAAAGUAUAAUGUAUUAGACAG